UUUACAAUAUUCAUCUAUGCACGAAAUUUUAAAUAUAUAUAUAUAUAUGCUUGAAGUUCGUUAGAUAAGAAAAAACUUUUUUUACCUUUAUUUUUAUAUUUUACAUUAGCAAAAAUGCCUUGUGAAAUGAUAACUCUACAACUGGGUCAAUGUGGAAAUCAAAUUGGAUUUGAGUUUUGGAAAAGAUUAUGUGCGGAACAUGCAAUAAGUCCAGAAGGUAUUCUUGGAGAAUAUUCUACUGAAGGAAUAGAUAGAAAGGAUGUGUUUUUCUACCAAACUGAUGAUGAGCAUUAUAAACCUCGGGCCGUUCUGGUAGAUUUAGAGCCUAGGGUCAUAAAUACAAUUUUGAAUACACCCUAUUCAAAAUUGUAUAAUCAUGAAAACAUUUUCCUAUCAAAAAACGGUGGGGGCGCUGGCAACAAUUGGGCAGCCGGAUACGGUCAGGGUGAAAAAUUGAAUGAAGAAAUUUUCGAUAUUAUAGAUCGGGAAGCAGAUGGAAGUGAUAGUUUAGAAGGUUUUGUUGUAUGUCACUCUAUAGCAGGAGGCACAGGAAGUGGUUUGGGUUCUAAUAUUCUUGAAAAACUCUCUGAUAGAUUUCCUAAAAAGCUAGUUCAGACCUAUAGUGUAUUUCCUAAUUUAGAUGAAAUAAGUGAUGUUGUCGUUCAACCUUAUAAUUCUUUACUUACAUUGAGGCGUCUCACAGAGUCUGCAGAUUCUGUUGUAGUUUUAGACAACACUGCCUUGAAUAGGAUUGCUACAGAGAGACUAUGUAUUCAAAAUCCUUCUUUUGCCCAAAUUAACAGCCUGGUAAGCACAAUAAUGACAGUUAGUACAGCUACCCUGCGAUACCCUUCAUAUAUGAAUAAUGAUCUAAUGGGAAUUCUCGCCCCUUUAAUUCCCACGCCAAGACUACACUUUUUAAUGACUGGUUUCACUCCGUUAACUUCAGAUCAGGAUGAAAGAAGUGUUGGCAAAACAACAGUUCUAGAUGUUAUGAAAAGACUUCUACAGCCUAAAAAUAUGAUGGUAUCAACCAAUCCAGAUAAGAAUGCCCAGCAUUGCUAUAUUUCCAUUCUGAAUAUAAUUCAAGGCGAGGUUGAUCCAACUCAAGUACACAAAUCCAUACAGAGGAUACGGGAACGAAAGUUGGCUCCAUUCAUUCCCUGGGGACCUGCAAGUGUGAAUGUAGCAAUUUCAAAAAAAUCCCCUUACGUCAAGACUCCUUACAAGGUUUCUGGUCUCAUGUUGGCUAAUCAUACAAAUAUCAGUAGUUUAUUCAACAGAGUAUUAGGGCAAUAUCAUAAAUUGAGGAAACGAGAAGCAUUUUUGGAUCAAUUCAAAAAAGAAGAAAUGUUUCAAGAUAACUUGAAUGAAUUGGAUGAAAGUGAAGAAGUUAUUCAAGAUCUCUGUUCUGAAUACCUUGCAGCUACACGAGAAGAUUAUGUUACAUCACGAAUGUGAAGCUGAAAAUUAUAAUUUCUUGAUUGGCCACCCUAUGACUUGUUUGAAUUUGGAUUUUUUUUUAAUAUAAAAAAAAAUCAGCUGCGAUAUUUGGCACUGUAAAUCACAAUUCAACUAAAGACCCGCAACAUCUUGUCACUCAUUAGAUUUAAGGUAGGUAAGGUAUCUCAUUAUUGUGCCAUAAAUCAGAAACUUUGCAGUGGUGGAUAUUCUGUUUGUUUGUAUGUGUAUACAAAGUAAAAAUUUAUUUAAAAAUGAAUGUUUUCUACAAAAUGAAAAUCUCUAUGGGUAUAAUAAUUUAUUUCCAAUAAAUUUCAAAAAGCAAAGCUGUACACUUAAAAAAAUACUAUUUGAAAACACAAUUUCUUCAAUUACCUAUGUUUUGUAUAUACAUUAUCCCUCAUCA